AUGUCGGGACAUUCGUCGUCGUCGGUGCCGAGAAUCGGAGCCGUUGCCGUUCAACUUGCGAGCGUGUUCCUGUUGAUCGCCGGGGACACGGUCCCGGCCAAUGUCACCGAACUGCCACAUUCCGUAACCGGGCCGGAUCCGAGUUCGCCGUGCUCCGAGGGUAGUUACUGCACGCGGUUGCUCCAGUGUCCGGAUGUGGAUCGCAUGGCCAUCGUCGAGUACCUUUCGCGACCCGCAGUGCUUCGACCACCGUCCGAACGGCGUUGGGAAAGUGCCCGUUGGCGACGGUGUCAGCUGGAGGAUGGCUCAAUGUCUGGCAUUUGCUGCACCCCUGGAAUCGGAAAUGACAAUGUGGAAACCGAUCCGCUGGCCCCGGUCGUCGGUGACGAAAUUUUACAGCAAGCCCAAGCUAUUGGGCUGCAAGAAGCGAACCGAUUCCGGGAGAAACCCGAUGGCACCGUUUCUACGCACGAUGCGGAGGAUCUGGCGUGGCAGGGUCUGCAGGACGUGCUUACACUGCAGGCACUUCGUAGAAUGACCAACGGUACCGGUAACCUGGUGGCGGAUAUCCGGCGACCAAAGCGCUGUCUGGUGGGACCUCCAUGCAAGAAGCCCCAUUCCCGGUACCGUAGCUACGAUGGCCAGUGCAACAAUCUCGAGCCCGGCUGCAGUCUCUGGGGUGCGGUGGGAUAUCCGGUCGAACGCGUGCUUCCCCCGGCGUACGGAGAUGGAGUCUGGGCACCGCGUGCGGUAUCCACUACCGGGCGCUACCUGCCGACGGCCCGCAAACUGUCCUCGAACCUGUUCGCGGACCUGCACCAUCCGCACCCUCACUACAACGUGCUGCUGAUGCAGUUCGGUCAGUUCUUGGCGCACGAUUUUUCGCGCAACAAGGCGCUCGAUAGCAGUGCGAAGUGUUGCACCGAAGACGGGUCGGCAAGGUUGCGGAACGUGUCCGUCGGUUGCAUGCCGAUCCCGGUGCUGAAGGGGGACGAUUUUUACUCCCAGUACGGUGUGAAGUGUUUACACUUUGUGCGAACGGCUGUGGCGCCCAUGAACCAUUGUGGGGCCCAGGAGUACGCCCGGCAACUGUCCAGCACCAGCCACUACAUCGACGGGUCGCCCAUCUACGGGGCUUCGAGUCGGGAGGCGGACGAGCUGCGGGCCCACGAAGGGGGCCGCUUGAAGUCGCUGCACCAUCGCCGCCACCACAACGAACUUCCACCGCUGGAGCGGCGCGAAGGAUUUUGCGAGAAGCGCGCCGAAAUGUGCUUCAAAACGGGCGAUGUUCGAUCGAAUCAGUUACUGUCGCUCGUGGCCGUCCACACGCUGUUCCUGCGAGAGCAUAAUCGCAUCGCGCGACAUCUCGAGCGGAUCAAUCCGCACUGGAGCGAUCGCACGAUCUUUCAGGAAUCGCGCCGGAUCGUCAUCGCCCAGCUGCAGCACAUCGUGUACACGGAGUACCUGCCGAAAAUUGUUGGCCCACAGUUCGCGUCCGUCUAUAAGCUCCACUCUGGGGAAGCGGGGGACUACACCGAGCAUUACCGGCAUGACGUAAAUCCGUCCGUUUCGAGUGAGUUUACGGUGGCGGCCUUCCGUUUCGGCCACUCGACGGUUCCGUCUAAGUUUGAGCUAAAGGAUGGCCCCGUACAGACGUGGCAGACGUUUCUCGAUCCGUCCCGGUUCCGCGAGCACACGUUCUACGAUGAUCUAUUCCGCGCGAUCCAGCAGCAGCCGAUGCAGAGCGUAGACGAUAUGUUCACCACCAGCCUGACUCACUUCUUGGAUGUGCAGCCAGGAAAUCCGUACGGCGCCGAUCUAAUCGCCAUUAACAUACAGCGCGGACGCGAUCAUGCUCUGCGCCCGUACAACGAUUACCUGCGGCUGGCUGGCAAGUCCGGUGUGGGCAGCUUCGCGGAUUAUGGUCCCGGACUCGGUUCGAAGCUGGCGUCGCUCUAUUCGGCCGUCGAAGACAUCGAUCUGUAUGUGGGCGGCAUACUGGAACAGCCCGUCGCCGAUGGGGUGGUGGGUGAAACGUUUGCCGAGCUGAUUAGCGAUCAGUUUGCCAAGUUUCGGCACGGUGAUCGCUACUUUUACAGCAAUGGCCCGGCGACGAAUCCCGGACAUUUUACGCUGCCGCAGUUGAGGGAACUGCAGCGUACCACGAUGGCGUCGCUGAUCUGCGCUAAUGCCGGCGAUACACACCGGAUGGAGGUGGUGCCGGAUGCGUUCGCUUUGCCACACGAUGGCAACCGGCCGGUAGCGUGCAGUUCGCCGAACAUUCCGCAUCUAAACCUGGACUGGUGGCGCGAUUGA